CUCCUCGGCACUGCACGUGUCGGCCUGCCUCCACCGACUACCAAACUUUACUCGAACUGUCGACUUGCUCGUACGAACAUUCUCUUGUCGUUUAAUUACAAGUUUAAUAAAUCAUUUUAAUUGGCCGUCGCCGGUUUAAGGACUCUAUCUCACGCUCGUCCACUUUACCGGCGUCCUGACGUUGACGGACUUUAACUUCGAUAAACACGAUUUUUGUAAUAAAUCUUUCUGAAGUGUCAAUUGUUUGAGUGGACAACUACUGUAUGAUAUCUUGGUGCUCUACAUCUUGACUGUGGAUUUGUUUAUCGUGGUUCCAGACUAGAGUAUUUGGAGAUACAUGUUUUGUUUGCGGUUCUCAUCAGGAAAUCCAAUUUAAAGGAAACAACUUUUGGUGUGUAAUGUGCGAGUGACGAUAUCGCCAUGAUUCGAGACCCUCCGGCCAUGCACAAGCCCGAUAACGCCAACAGUCAACAGGAUGACAACAAGUACGGGCUUAGUGUCAACAGUACUGUGACGGGGAGCACGGGGGGCGCGCGGCUGUGCGCCCAGUGCGGGAAGGUCAUCACCGAGAGAUUCCUCCUGAAGGCGAUGGAACGGUUUUGGCACGAGGACUGCCUGAAGUGCGGAUGCUGCGACUGUCGUCUAGGAGAAGUCGGCUCCAAACUAUACUACAAAGCAGACCUCAUGCUCUGCAAAAGAGACUACCUUAGGUUAUUCGGUGCCACAGGCAACUGUGUGGCCUGCAACAAAGUCAUUCCCGCCUUCGAAAUGGUGAUGCGAGCAAAGAGUUUCGUUUACCAUUUAGAAUGCUUCGCCUGUCAGCAGUGCAAUCACAGGUUCUGCGUCGGCGACAGAUUCUACUUGUGCGACAACAAGAUCCUGUGCGAAUAUGACUACGAGGAGAGGCUGGUGUUCGCCAGUAUGGCGGCCAACCCCAGCGGGCUGGCGCACAUCCGCCGCCAAGUGAGCGGACUACAGUCACCGACUAGUGGUGGUUACGUGGCGGGGGUGGCGGGGUGCGGCGGGGGCGCUGCCGCUGGUGGAGCGCUGGUCGACAAGGACGCGGCCGGCUGCGUGGGCGCAGAUGACGCGUCCAGCGGUUACGGCAGCCCGCCCGACCCAGAUGUGUGCGAUGCCGCGCGAUGACCGACGGUGCAGCGCCGACAUCUCGCCCCGGUGAAGCCCCAUUGAGUAUUGGCGAGGCGCGCAGACUGGCUGCUAGCCCCUGGCGUCGGGCGAGCACCUUCGGCAUUUGAAGAACGUCUUUCAAGCGACACAGUUAUAGACACUAGCGUGAUGUUCCGUUCCUUCACCACACAAAACUAGCCAUCACCCUACAAAAUACCUUACAUAGAAUAGAGUAGUUCGAAGUGCUUUAUUUUUAUAUUUCGUUCAUACAUUUUUGCGAACCUGAAGUUUGACUGUAAAGAAAUCUUGAAAAUGUAUUCGAUAUAAGGUAAUAAUAACGUGCUGUGUGAUGUGGCCAGGUAUUUAGUGUUGUGAGUCGACUAAGUGCAGAUCUAGACUAAGUCGCGUGUCGCUGGGUAUACGUUAUUGACGCUGCGCGAGAGUACAUUAGGCUGGCAGCGCGCGGGCGGUGACGGUGGCGGCGGCGACCGGCACGGACGAGCCGUGGAUAUGUGGCCACUUUACAAAGUGUCCGGGAUGAGUCGCGAUAACGUUGUUAGAACACGAUAUUUCCAUUAUGUAUACGAUUUGAGCACUUGUUUACAUGUUAAGAUAGCAGCGUCGCGUGGGUAGGGCGCGCGCUCUCGCUUCUACUUUAUUGUACAUUCUGUACCACAUCUUGCGCUUAGCCAAUUUAGACACGCCCCGUACCAAUAAAUAAGACAAUGGAUAAAAUGUUCAUUACGUACCCACAACCUUAGGUCUUUAUUUGAAUACAUUAUUUUGAAUUUUACUUAGGGAAUAGAGUAUUAUCGGUAAUAUAUUCCGCUCGAUAUACCGGAUAGGUCCACCCUUGGUAGGAACGAGCGGAUUGUUUAUCGAUUGUACUUUUUUAUCGUGAUACAACGAUUCAGGUCCAGACACUAAAAUAUUAAUUGAUAAAAUCGAUCUCAUUGUUAUGGAUUGUAUGUAUGUACAUGUACUAAACAUAAAUAUUGUUAUCAUACAAGGUAUGAAGUUUUAUUGAAGGUAAUUUCUUACUUAUUUUUUACUUUUGAUUGGUUACGUAUGUUAAUGUUGUUUUUACCAAAGAUAAGUUUCUGUAGUAGGGUUUUCUAAAUAAGAGAGUCUUAUUUAGCACAAAUGAGCUAAGAUUGUAGAUUAAUAGUGAUAUAUUUGGUACUCUGAAGUGGUGCAAUGGUUAGUUAGGUACCUCUGUAUAAAUAUAAAUAUUAACGUUUAACUGUUUAAAUAACAUUUCGUGAACACCCACGGUACUUAUAAACGUUGUUUGUGCUUACGUAGGUGAUUAUUUACGAUGAGAAUCACUUAUUUUUGUAGCACAGCCUGGUCGCGGACUCGACGCCUGGCAGUUAUUAACAAAUGACGUUUAUCAAUAAAGUGGUUUGUGUUUUUCUUUCCGCCACAGAGCUUCAGUGAAUGUUGUUCGCGCAUUAAAUUGUAACGAUAAUAAAAUACAGAUGAUUAUGCUAAAUCUUUAUUUUGUUUAAUGAUAAAAGAAGUUGGAACCUCUAUGUAGAUAAAUGCUAAAAUUUUUCUAAGAUAUAGAAUACUUAAUGUAAAAUAAAGAUUUCUACGGUAAAUUAUGUAUUUAUGUAAAAAAUUGAACUGUCGUUACUUAGUACCUACUAUUGGCUAAUGUAAAAUGUUCCAUAAAUUUUUAAUACUUACCAUAAACCGAUUUAAUAAUGUUUUCGACUUCAUAA